AAAAUUUCACGCACGCCACGCAGUCGCGCGCGAUUGCUGGGACAAAAUGGCGGAAGUCGAGCAACGAGCCAAAGAGAGUUGUACAACCGGAGCUAAAGAUACGAUGGUGAAACAAGAAAAGCGCGAUAGUACGUUGUCGAAUGGUGGAAAAGGCUCCGGAGAUGAUGCAGACAGCCUCGAAGAGUUACCUCUUGACAUAGGCGAGCACUAUCUUGUCCGAAGAUCGGACGAUUCCUGGCAUCCGGCAGAAAUAAUACAGACCAGAUACAAUGAGGCUGAGAGUCAUUACGAGUACUAUGUUCACUAUGAAGGACACAAUAGAAGACUGGACGAAUGGGUACCGAGAGACAGAAUAAUGUCAAGUAGAUUUGACAUGAGUGAUCGCAGCUGGAAGACUAGCGAACGACCGGCGAGCGAUUUGCUCGCUGACUCUUCAGACAGAAAAAUAACGAGAAAUCAGAAAAGAAGACACGACGAAAUAAAUCACAUACAAAAGACUUACGCCGAGAUGGAUCCCACAACGGCAGCCCUUGAAAAAGAACACGAAGCCAUCACAAAAGUCAAAUACAUCGACAGAAUACAAAUAGGAAGGUACGAAAUAGACACUUGGUACUUCAGCCCUUAUCCAGAGGAAUAUGGCAAACAGCCGAAGCUUUGGAUUUGUGAAUACUGCUUGAAAUAUAUGAGGCUGGAAAAAACGUACAGAUAUCACAUGAGCGAGUGCACGCAUCGACAACCAGUUGGUAAAGAAAUAUAUCGAAAAGGAACACUGAGUAUUUGGGAAGUGGAUGGCAGAGAGCACAAAAUUUAUUGUCAAAAUUUGUGUUUAUUGGCAAAGUUGUUUCUCGAUCACAAAACCCUGUAUUUUGACGUUGAGCCAUUCUUGUUUUACAUUUUAUGCGAGGUUGACAAGCACGGUGCACAUGUGGUUGGCUAUUUCUCGAAAGAAAAAGAAUCUCCGGAUGGGAAUAACGUCGCCUGCAUCCUGACACUGCCGCCUUUCCAACGUCAGGGAUAUGGAAAACUCCUCAUUGCUUUCAGCUACGAACUGAGUCGAAUCGAACAAACAGUUGGAAGCCCCGAAAAACCCUUGAGCGAUCUUGGUAAAUUGUCUUACAGAAGUUACUGGAGUUGGAUACUCCUCGAGAUUCUUCGAGAUUUCAGGGGCACUCUCAGUAUCAAAGAUCUCAGUCAAAUGACCAGCAUUUCUCAAACGGAUAUAAUAUCCACGCUGCAAAGCAUGAACAUGGUGAAAUAUUGGAAAGGACAGCACGUUAUAUGCGUAACACCGAAACUCGUCGACGAGCAUAUAAAAAGCAAUCAGUUUAAAAGGCCACGAUUGACGGUCGACAGUACUGCUUUGCGCUGGGGCGCUCCACCCCGGAAGAAUGUUAAACUGGGAAAGAAAUGAAUGAGCGCUCAUUCCGCUCCGUUUCGAGUAAGAUUUCAGCAAAGAACUUAAGAAACCAAGACACAAAACAAAAAGAAAAAUAGAAGAAAUUACGACUUACGGAAAUGCCACAUUUCCGGGCAAUUUUUUGUCGACUCAACUAAUCGGUGAAAUGGACAGAAACGAAACGACGUUAAAAAUGAAAUAAUCUUACAACGCCGUGCAGUAUUAGUUCGUGUUGUAUUACUGUCUCGUGUUAAUUCGUCAAUAAAACAUGUAUUUUGAUACUAAACAAAAAAUACUCAAUCUUCAAAAAACAUA